UUGCUUUAUUGUGAGCUUAGUUUUUUCAUUGUAAAACUGUAACGCGGAUACUAAGACAACUCUUUUAUUAUUCUUCGCGCAAAUUUCCGCGAAAUACCGCGAAAUUUUUUUUUUCCCGAGACCAGCAAGGUCACAUGUUUGAGAUCACAUGACUUUCUUGAUCCCAGUACGCAAUCAGAUGCACACGGUCAAUAUGGCGGUUCUGGUUUUAGUGGACGACGAUGUCAUCGAUAUUUUGCUCGUGCGCAGGACAUGGCACCACUUUCAAUUACAUUUAUUGUAACUUGUUAAAAGUGAGGACGGUUGGUAACUUCAGGAACAGCUCAGUUUGACUUUUUUUCUGUUCUGUGGUGUUUGGUGGCGAGUUCUUUGGUGGUGAGGUGACCGGAUUCCAUUUAAGCACUUGAUCGCUAGAUCACUAUCACCGCCAUUUGGUGAGGCCAUCCUGGCCAAAACAAGCCAUGCACCCUGGAAAAGGUCGAAAGACUAGAAAAAGUAGAAAGGAUCGGGGGGAUUAUAGAUGCAAACAUGUCGGUAUGGACAGAUGCCAUUGAUGUCAGAGAUUUCAGCCAACUUAUGAUGAAGAUACAAAAUUUUUGCUUGACUUUCCAUAAAGCAAGUGCUAAAAUAUUGACUUAUUGAGAACUGCAACCACAGCUGCUAUUAUUCUGGGAAGCUGAAAUAACAACAAUGAAGUGUAUUCUAAUCAUAAGCUCACUCCCUGACAUUAUUUUCAUCCAUGCUGAUAAAGCAUUUAUCAAACACAUCAACAAGAUUUCACUCAAGGCCGGCUUUAUUGGUGAAGACCACAAUGAAGAUCAGAUGGAUAUGACUGCUCUAUCUCAAAUCUUUUCUCCAAUGAUCACAUCACUAACAUACAUGAAUGAUUUGGGAAACCCCUAUUCAUCAAUUCUGUGUGAAGAUGGUACUUUGUUUGUGUUCAGUCAGUUUGAUGACCUGGUUUUCACAGCUGUAAAUGGUGAUGGUGAAGAGUCGGAAGAGUUCCUCAAAAGGAAACUAUCUGUUGUGUACAGGCUUUCCACACUACAUUAUGGGGCCUCCCUUGAGCUACUCAAGCCAGAAAUUUUGUCUGCACAGAAAAAGGCAUGGAAAACAUUAGGUGGAUUGAUUGACACUUGGGGAUUUCUAGCAUCACAGCAACAAAGCUUCUUAGUUGAGGCCGUUGAGCGUAUUCAUGUCAAUCUGAGUCUUAGUGAAAUGAGCAUUAGAUUGCUGGAGACCGCACUAGGAAUGGCCAAGAACAGUGGUGAACAGAAUGCAGUUCAUGCAUUGUUACUGGUUAACACAAAGCUUCUUGCUCUAUUUUCCAGUCGUAAUGCAUCAGAACUGAAGGCUGCAGACAUUCUCUUGAUCACAGUACUGCUACACAACAUCUUCCCACACUCAAAACAAGCCAUACCUCUAACACUCAACAGAACCCCUCCUCCCCUGGCACACAAGGUGAUCCACAAAGGAGGACCCUCAGUGUCGCACAAGAUUGUUGAUGGUUCUGUAACACCAUUGGGUUCUUCUACAGGGGAACAGAGCUCAAGAACACCUGUGCAUUCAAGUCCUGUUGACAUUAAAAAAUCACAGAAUUCCCACGCUGAAGAAGCUGGUUAUUCUGGCUCAGUUGAAGAUGAAUUCUUUUAUUCUCCACGAUCUUCACCCACACCAAGUGAUAGUAUUGAAUCUGCAGCUCAGGAGCUUCCAAAGACUCCUGUUACACCAAAAGAGUAUUUUUCCACACCAAGGGCAGACACACCUGAGUAUUUCAAGAAAAAGUUGGAAGAUGAAGAAGUAGAUGAAACUGAUGAAGAUGAACUGGAAGCAACUGGUCAUUCACAAAGUACUGAUCAGAGGCAUGAGUAUUAUCGUCAACCUGUCUUCCUAAGUGCUGACAAGUGUCCAUAUUUACCUCACGUUCUUCACUUUGUGCGUCUUGCUACAGGGACAGUUUUGGUUCUUGUAUGUGAGGCAAAACAGUGCAAUGUGGCUCAGUUUAUUUUCCAAGCAUUACAGUCCUUGGCUUCUAUCAAACCCACUGCCGAGCAGGGUCAGCGGACAGUACAGCAGGUUCAGGCUCUCAUGGAGAGACUGGAAAACGCUGUCAAGAAAGUUCUUGAUUCGAUGAGGACCACGGUGGGGGUUGCUGUUGAGAAUCAAGUUCGAACCCUGCGCCAUCGCUGGGAGUUAGUCAAAAGAGGUGACUUAGUAAGCUUUCUGGCCUCUCCAGUCGGCGCUGAGAUGUCUCCUCAGCUGGAAUCAUCCGUGUCAGAAAUGACACGGAGCUUGAAGUCUCUCUUCAGUGUUUUGUUCUGUACGAGCCGAGGGGAGCCGUCCAUCAGUCAACAACUUCUGACAACCAUUUCGCAAAUCAAAGAGAUGCUUCAAACUCGGUUGACAGAUUACGAAGAUUACUUGCUGGUCAAAGGACAGAGGAAUGUAACAAUGACCGCCUAUCUUGAGGACUUUCCAGGGUUGGUUCAUUUUAUUUACGUGGAUCGUAGCAGUGACCAAGUGACCGCGCCUUCCAUAAACACAACGCGUAGUAAGAUCCGGGACUCACGUGACCCGUGCUAUGUUAUUAAACAGAAAAUAUGGGAUAUGUGGGCGUAUAUUCAUUCAUAUUUACUGCUCGGUCACACUUUUAUAGCUGUCCGUGACGGAGAUUUUCUGUUCACGUAUUGUCUGUGGUUUGAAGACACAUCCGGGAACCCGGUUCAACUGCAAAACCCGUUGCCAGUCCUUCUUGGUUCUCCACCCCCUGGAAUUAUGUCGAGCUCAUUUUACAAGGACUUAACGAAGCGAUGCUUCCCGGCCUCCCCUGCGAAUACCAUCCGUUGUUAUGAACUGAUGUGUGUUCAUGUUGGCUUGGUCCCAGUCCAGUUCGCCGUCAAACACAUUCGGCGGCUGGCCUCCAAACUUUUCGAGACGUCACUGGGAGCACACUAUCCAAUCAGCUUGAUACAGUGAGGUCAAACUGGUAAGGCCCGCCAAAAAAUGAACCAACUUUGUCUUUUAUCUCUGAGUAAACCAAGGCCUGCAGUCAGGGGCUGGAGAUUGGAAAAAGAAGUGAGGAUUUCAGAAUUAAGAUAAAAGAGUAUGAAUCCAAGAAGUGGAAAUAAAUCGAAUUGUGUCGUCCUGCAAUAAGAGCUGGGCACUAGGAAACGUUAAUUAGAUUACUUUUAUAUAUUAUCGAGUGUGAGCAAGAGAAGUGGAAAGAAAAUGAAUUUUCAAGGUGUUCCGGAAUUCGAAACGAGGAGCCCGAGAGUAUUAUAUUUUUUAUAACAAAUGAUUUUAUAUAGAAAUUUACACCGCAAGAAAGAGGAUGUAUUUGCCUUGUGAUAAGAGAAAAAUCAAACUUUUAAAAUAAUAUGCAAAGGUAGGGAAGAGAAAAAAAAAAUGUUUAUGAAAGCGUAUGACUGAAACGUUGUAUUAAUCGAAGAGGAAAGGAAGGCUAUAGUACAUGCAUGCUGGAGA